CGCCUCCGCCGCCCUUUGUCCGCCGCCGCCGCAGGCUCCACCAUGGUGCCGCGGUGAUGCGCGGCGGGGCUGGCCCGGAGGCAACGGGGCCGAGGGCAACCGGGAGCCCCAUGCGGGGGCCGCUGCCAUGGGGCAGGUCCUGGGCUUCGCCCACUGCAAAGAGGCUCCAUCCACGGCCUCCACCACACCGGACUCCACAGAGGGUGGCAACGAGGAGUCGGACUUCCCCGAGCUGCAGGCGGCCGGAACCCCCCGAGGAGGAAGAGGAGGAUGAAGACGGGGCGGCGGGAGGGGGACCCCCCCGGGAACUCACCUUCUCCUACAUCGCCUUUAGAGCGGGGAGGGGAGCCAACGAGCCGGGACCCCGCUGUCGCCGAGACUCCCGUCGCGGACGCCCCCCCCCGCCUGAGCUCGGGGCCUCCCGGGGGGUGCCCCCGGGGGCCGGACCUCCGCUUGGCUACCCCAAUGAGCCUGGGUAUGGGGGAUUAUGGGGGGGGGUCGGGGUGAUGGCGGUCCCUGGGGGGCAGCUCGGGGCCAUGGGGGUGUCCGAGGCACCCUGGCACCCGCGGCCCCCCCCCCCGCCCGCAGGGGGUGCCCCGCGCCUGCCCCCCUCCGCGCCCCCCCCGGACCCCCUCCUAAUCCCGGAGCCGCCCCCGGCGCCCCCCGACCAAUCACCGAGCCCGCCGGGAGCCGAUGUCCUAGUGUGGGAGCUGCUGUACUGGCGGGCGCCGGGGCAGUCGGCGCUGGUGCUGGUGGGGGCGUUGGGCACCCUGGGGUGCCUGGCGCAGUUCAGUGCCAUCAGCGUGGGUGCCUACGGGGCGCUGGCUGUGCUGGGUGUCACCCUGCCCCUGCGCCUGCACCGUGCCGCUCUGCAGGCCCUGCGCCAGCACCCACCCGAGCACCCCUGCCGGGCGCAGCCGGAAGGGACCGUGGGGCUGAGCCCUGAGGAGCAGCAGCGCUGGGCCCGGCGCCUGGCCCAGCAUGUCACCACUGCCACCCGCACCCUCACCCGCCUCUUCCUUGUCCACAGCCUCCCCGAGUCCCUCAAGUUUGCCGCCUUGUUCUACCUGCUGACCUACGUGGGGGCUGUCUGCAACGGGCUGACGCUGCUGGGAGCGGGCGUCAUCUGUGCAUUUACCUUCCCUGUGCUCUACCGGCACCACCAGGCCCAGAUUGACCAGUACGUGAGUCUGGUGAGGAACCACCUAAGUCACCUCCGAGCCAGGAUCCAGGCCAAGCUCCCAAGUGCCAAAGUGAAGCCGUAGUGACCCCCUGUCCCCCUCCGAGGUGACAACUGGGGGGGGUGGCUGGGGUUCCCCCACAUCCCUCCCACCCUGCGUGGGGGGGAUCACUCGGGGGAGGCGGGGGUUGUGUCUCCGCCCAUGUCCUUCCCCCCCUGCGUGGGGGGGUCACACUUUAAUAAAAACUCUUGUGACA